GGUGGCUUCAUAAGAUAAUUGAAAAAUAAGUCUAGGACCUUCGCCACGCGAGAAAGCACAAGUAGGUCGGAAAGAUACUCGUUGAUAUGACGAGAGAGUGCUUUCGUUGAUAUUACGAGAGAGGUGAAGGUGGAUAUCAUCGCUGAAAAAUCAGAGAUACGGCAAGAACAGACGGAGUGUCUAUGAGAAAGCGUCAAACUGAAAGAACAGCAUUGACAAAAAAUUGCCACUGCAUUUGAGUUUAGAAAUUGCCACUGCAUUGGAUACCGAGACUCAGGCUCAGAUACCAUCACUAAUAGAAAACGUGGCAAGUGACUUUUUGAUCUCCUGACCACUCUGGCUAAUUCCUGCGAUCAGUGAUACCUUAUGAGGCACAAGUUUGAACAAGGCUUCAUACGGUUGAUGGGGCGAAGUAGGAGCGUAUUGCUCCUGCAGCACGCACUAAGCAAGGACAACUUCUAAUGAGCAUGUAGGCCACUUUUCAAGAUGAGUCACGAGUGUGAAGAUAAAAAUCUUCAGCAGUUCCUGAACACCAGCAUCGCAUUUUUUCGGCACCAGAACCACAAGUUCUCUUCGCGGUGAUGAAAAUGUCCUGCGACAAGCACGGUCGUCCUCCCUUGAGGAGCAGGAUUGGGAAUCUCCUGGUAGAGUUUCUGGUGCUGUCGACAACGUCAGUCGAAAGCCGCAAACGAGGGUUGCUUGAAAGACUCUUUCAGCACCACGUAGGUGUUGCACAGCAAGAAGUGCAGAAAAAGCUUCGAAGUAGCGAUGCAGCAGAUGAAGCAAGACGUCGAGACUACGUCGAGGUCUUCGACGAGGUCGCAGACUACACGACUCAGUAUAAAAAUUAUCGUCAAGAGAAUGUUGAAAUAAAGACGAGACGAGGUGCCGACCUACAGUACGAUCGUGAUUUUGGAGUCGACGAAGAGCAUCCUGCACAACUCGAGCUCGCGCCAACCGUAGCUGCGAACGGAACGAUGAAAGAUGAAGUCUCGUUGCAUAAUGAGGAACAACAACUACAAGAUGAGGACGAUCGGGGGUGGCCGUCAGCGCCUGUAAUUAGACGUAUUGAUGGGAGAAAUGCGACUAAAUCUCCUACCUCAUUUGCGCUCGGAUUUUUCUCAUCCUCUCGAGACCACGAAGACGGAUUCUCCCCCUCUCGUCUACAGACGAAGAGGUCCUCUACAUCAACAUCUAAAUCAAGCCAAACGCAGCCAGAUGGAUUGCGAUUGGGUUAUACCCACUGGAACCGAGGUUUAAGAUUGUAGCUAAUCCAUCUUUGGAAGCAUCCCUGAAACGUGUGGGGGAGUACCUUCACAGGGGAAUCCUCCCCCAUACUUUUCAAGGAUGUUGCACUUGAAAGAUGAAUUACGGGCAGUUCUAAGAGGUGAGCCGAAUAACUGGGGAGGACACGAGGACUGCAUGACCAUGAUCGCGAAUGGCCGCUGGAACGACUUAUCCUGUGGGCAUCGACUGUUAUGAACCUCUGAUAGGCGUAGUGCCACAGUGCCACUGAUACUUCAUCUUCAGCGUCAACCUCGGGCUCAGCAGGUUGUCCUCAGCACCAGGGUACUUAUAUAUUGGUCUUCGUCCACGAUCGUCGUGGUCAUGCAACAAUUUUUUUGGUUGUAGUAGUAGAUCUAGCCCUCGGUCACUUGUUUCACUUUGAGCGAGAGCGUGAUCUUCUCUACCUCGUCCUUGCUUGACGAGCAGUCUAAGUUUCUACUUCGUUUGCUCAAAAGCCUCUGUGUGCGACGGACGCAAUGGGUGGCGAUGUCACCGAAACGGUGGGGGCGCUGAUGCCGUGUCCUACAAAGUCUUCACUCAGUCGCGUUCUUGGGACCAGGCAGCGGCGGAAUGUUAUCGGCAAAGUGCGACAUUGGCGAUCAUCACCAACGGAGGCGAAAACAAUGUCGUGCGAAGCCUGAUCCAGGGCCGUCGCUGGACAGUGUGGAUCGGCGGAAACGACAUUAACCAAGAGGGCAACUGGAGGUGGCCCGAUGCGCCUGCGGCUGCUACGGUACUAAUUGACAUUUAUCGCACUAUUUAAGUAGUUCUAGUAGAAGUAGAGUACCUCUACUAGUACUCCAACUACAUGAAUGACAAGAACUCCAUGCUUUGGUCUCUCUAAACGAUUAACGAUUCAAGAACGAACAUGAUCAUCGUGUGGCUAUGGAUCUCGUAAUGCCCGACCAGCUUCAUUAUCGCAACCUGAAACACAAAGUGCCCGCCGGCACCGGCUUGUCCCCAGCCAGUAUGCCCGAAACCUGUGUGUCCGGAGCCCAUCUAUUGCCCUGAACCCGAACCGAAGCUGCCGCCUCUGCCUCCUCAACCGCAGCGUUUGGACAACCCAGGCGGCCACGUGACAGUAUGGGUACCGAGUUGCACCGGAGGCCUCGCGCCGGUUGCAGUACCCAACGGCUCCAGUCGCACGGCCACAGAUGUCAUAUACUUCUUAUGGACAAGAAGAGAAAUAAGCAUAUAAUUAAGCCGCUAGAGUUUCUUACUUCUUCCAUGCAUACCAUACAGCUGCGCAUGCAUGUUGGUAUUUGUGGUUCUUGUUGUUGCACUACCAGCCUCAGACGACCUAUGCAUUGUACCGAGAAGAUAGUCUCACACGAAUAUGAUCUUGAUAUGCCCCAUUGCUCGCCGUUUUGAAAAAUGGUGUCCCAUUAUAGCUUCUUCUAACAAUCGUUGCGCGUUUCAUUCGGGAAGCGGAGGAAAAACGUGAACGUCGUGGAAGCGGAAAAAAACCUGAUAUGUGGUGUCGCGUCAAAUUCGUGCCGCACGUAUUUUUCUUCUUUGUGCUUAUUGUUCUGCAGGAUGAGCUUCAAACUUCUUCUCGUCAGACGGUUUAUUUCUACCAGUGGACGGUCACGGUCCUCCUGAUGGGGCAACAAGGACAACAUCAAGAAGAGUAGAAAACUAAAUCAUAUUGCUAAACUACCAACACCAACACGGACGAGUGAUACUAGUGAGAUCAUUGCUAAACUAGCAAGUGACGUCAAUUUGACGCUUGUGACUAGGAAUCGAUGGACUACUCACCUUAAACUUUGAAGACAUCACGCUGACGAUUACAGAACCGUCUCCGCCUCCGUUUCGGAAAUCGCAUCCUACCGGAUACGGGUGUCGGCAAAUCAGCGCCAAAUCUGAAGAUGUAUGGCGCUGGUGGAAAAGAGAUCUUCGAUGGACGUGAUCCGUCUCAGAAGCGUGAGGUGGGACAGCCAACCGCCAAAACGGAACGACGAUUCCUGAAAGUUCUAUGGUUCGCUGAUUAACAUUAUAACGCGAAGAAGUCUCGACUCCUGGAACGACUUCUAGGAUCAUGAAAAAGUAGUACAACGCUCUAGUAGGGAUUCACCUCUUCGGCAGAGCACGGUUGUAAAAACCCUCAACACAGUUUUCUACCUAGUACUUGAGAUGUUUUUUCCGUCUGAUAGAACCUCUUCGUAUAUUUUUUUCCGUCCAGAAAAUCGUCAAUUUUUUCCAUCUAGUAGGUUCAGGCAGUCCGAUCCUUUCAUAACAUUGCUUGUCAUGAGAUUAACAGAAGUAUCUGUUCUUAUGAAUAUGAUUAUAAACACAACUACUGCGUAAGCGUAUUUUAUGGUGCAUACUAGAUAAUCAUAGAUACAUAAGAAGUUUUUUUCCUUUCUUUCCACUGUGAAGAUGAUGUAAGUGAUCAAUGCACGGGAGAUGAUAAUCAUAAUAAAUAUGGACUUAACCGAAAAAGGCAUUGGCAUGCGUUGCUUUUGUGACUAGACUCGUUCGCUUCUUGGCUCUACAUCUACGUCUUUCUCGUUGUUCGUUGUGCGAAUGAUGCACGACUUUUUU